GUAGUAUGCGUACACGCACAAUACUAAAGAAGUUUUUGGAAAAAAUUGUACCAUGCACACUAGACAGGUUUGCUGCAGCACGUGUAUAAAUAGGCUGUUAGAUUUAGACAGAGCAGUCAAUCCUUGUAUUCCAACAGGAAAAGCGACAUCAUGUUCAAACUUCUGGUAGUCUUCGGCCUCUUGGCCAUCGCAAACGUUUACGCCGGCUUGGUCAGUGCACCUGCGCUCGCUCUCAAGCCAGCUGCAAUUGCCAUCGCUCCUGCACCUGCGAUUGCUGUUACUAAAACUGCGUGGGCCGCUCCCGCGUGGGGUGGUGCUGCCGGUUGGGGUAAUGCUGGCUGGAACGGUGCUGGCGCGUGGGGUAACAAUGGCGCGUGGGGUAAUGGUGCGUGGGGUAAUGGCGCGUGGGGUAAUGGCGCGUGGGGCGCUGGAUUAGGACUUAAGGGCUAAAUCUAGAUCUCUUUUACGUUGACUGAUAUAAAAAACCCACCGCCAACCCACUAGCAACUACACAUCACAAAAUGUACCUCGCCCCUAAUAUUGGAUACAUACGAUUCGCUGAUGCAUUUCACAAUUUCCCCUGAUAAAUUCAAAAUUUUCUUUUUCUAUUGGAAAGUUUUCUUCCCCGUCCCAUUUGAAAUUGUUAAUAAAUUAUUGAUAAAUGUCGCGGAAAAGACAUAAAAUAAAAUUUUAUAGAUAAAAAA